GGAAAACCUCUUUCUCGUGUCGUGACUUCAGCAGCUUGACAGCUCAGUCGGAUUUUUGUUCUGUUCAAUGUUUGUUUCUCUGUAUUAACGGAGCGUUUUUAACAUAAUGAGCUGAGAGCACGUUUGUCAUUUUCUGUAGGCUAUAUAAAUUCCAUACUGCAUUCUACACCAUGCCUCUCUUCGUAGAUUCAGUGAUUAUGUUCACUUCUCAGGUGCUGUUUUUUGGGUUUGGGUGGCUGUUUUUCAUGAGGCAGUUGUUUAAAGAUUAUGAGGUUCGACAGUAUGUUGUGCAGGUGGUCUUUUCCGUCACCUUUGCCUUUUCUUGCACUAUGUUUGAGCUCAUUAUCUUUGAGAUCCUCGGUGUAUUAAACAGCACGUCCAGAUAUUUCCAUUGGAAGCUGAAUUUGUAUGUUAUAUUACUAGUUCUAAUAUUUGUGGUGCCUUUCUACAUUGGCUACUUUGUGGUCAGUAAUAUACGAUUAUUGCAGAGGCAAAGGUUGCUUUUUUCAUGCGUGGUCUGGUUCACAUUCAUGUAUUUCUUCUGGAAACUGGGCGAUCCUUUCCCUAUACUUAGUCCAAAACAUGGCAUUCUGUCCAUAGAGCAGCUGAUCAGUCGUGUGGGGGUCAUUGGGGUCACAUUGAUGGCUCUGCUGUCUGGCUUUGGUGCUGUGAACUGUCCUUAUACAUACAUGUCAUAUUUCCUGAGAAAUGUGACUGACAGCGAUAUCCUGGCCCUGGAGAGAAGACUUCUCCAGACUAUGGACAUGAUUGUCAGUAAAAAGAAAAGGAUUGCCAUGACAAGAAGGCAAAUGUACCAGCGUGGAGAGGAGCAGAAUAAACAGACGGGAUUCUGGGGGAUGAUCAAGAGUGUGACCUCCUCACCAUCAGGCAGUGAGAAUCUUUCUGUGAUCCAGCAGGAAGUGGAUGCUCUGGAGGAACUCAGUAGACAGCUUUUCCUGGAGACCGUCGACCUGCAAGCCACCAAGGAACGCAUAGAGUACUCAAAAACAUUUCAAGGGAAAUACUUCAACUUCUUAGGGUAUUUCUUCUCCAUCUACUGUGUGUGGAAAAUAUUCAUGGCCACUAUAAACAUAGUGUUUGACCGUGUGGGGAAGACUGACCCAGUGACAAGAGGAAUCGAGAUCACAGUCAACUAUCUCGGCAUUCAGUUUGAUGUCAAGUUCUGGUCUCAGCACAUUUCCUUUAUCCUGGUGGGAAUCAUCAUAGUCACGUCAAUACGAGGCCUUUUAAUCACACUCACCAAGUUUUUCUACGCCAUCUCCAGCAGCAAGUCCUCCAAUGUCAUUGUGCUUGUCCUGGCUCAGAUCAUGGGAAUGUAUUUUGUGUCAUCUGUGCUCCUGAUGAGGAUGAGCAUGCCUUUAGAGUACCGCACUAUAGUGACGGAGGUACUGGGAGAACUGCAGUUUAACUUCUACCACCGGUGGUUUGACGUGAUCUUCCUGGUCAGUGCUCUCUCCAGCAUCCUUUUUCUCUACCUGGCCCAUAAGCAGGCACCUGAGAAGCACAUGACCCUGUGACCUCACAAGUGACCUCAUCAGAGAUAGACGCACAGGACUGAAGUGUCUCCUUCUUUUGUCUCUCCUUUUGGAAGGGCAUUUAUGCCUCUGUCCUGUAAUGAGCAUUAUUGGGUCUGUAUUUCCUGAAUCAGGAGGGGCCCAGAAACAGAGUGUUUAUUUGAUUUUGGGUUCAAAAAAUGUUGAUUUGCUGUAUAAUUUAAAUAGGCUCAUAUUAAUGAAGGUGAUGGAAUGGUGUACAGUGUGGGUGUAGUUUUUCCUCAAAAGUGUUUAUUUUUUAUAAAGAACAUAACAUUUUCCAAACCAGGUGUUGUUAUGUUUACCACGGUAGGUGAACAAACUAAUUGCUCUCACUGGUUUGUUUGCCAUGAAAUCAGCUACUCUUGAGACAUCUUUUAUCAUUAAUAGACAUCACAUAUAUAUAUCUCAGCAACACCCAGAGAUGUUACAGUAGACUGUUGGUCUCUUGUUUUUCUUUCAGGCCUGUUAAUUGUUGCUAUCAUUCCAUGUCUCAUUAAGAACUGUAAUAAUUCACACGUGGAUACUGUAUUGAGUGGGAGUCAUAAUCUUCUACUGAAAUCAUGUCAACUAGAAAAGGGUUAAGAAUAUAUGUACUAAGUUGGGCUUUUGUGUUGUCAUUCUUUUGUGGUAGAUGGACAGGUGCUUUUGAUUUACUGAAAAGGCACUGUCUACAUGCCAGAGAUGUAACUGUCUCCAAUUUAUGCUCAAAUACAGAAAGCUCAGGUUGCAAUUAAAAGGUGUUUUCAAGCAUUUCCACUGUUUCUUAUUGGUACGUUCAACAGUUUGAUGCUGAUUUAAAAAGCUUAACGAGAAAUAAAUCAUGUUUUGGGAAGAGUCAUCUGAAUGGUGUACACACUUAAACAUGUUUUAAUUAUGUAUGGUGCAGGUCACACCCCCUCAACGUAUUUUGGAAUUUUGAAAUGACAAGAUCUGCAAAGAGAAUCCUCAUGCUCAUUGGCUGCCACUUCUAUAUACGCUAUAGCGUAAUGUUGUUUGGUGAUGUGAAGAGCAAAAAUGAGCCAAUUAAACAUUUAUCAUCAUGCUUUGUUUGCGGAAACAAUGUGAGAACAAGGAAAUAUAUUUGAUGAUUGAGAAAGUCCUGAGUUGUGAUGCCCAGGUUGCCUCUCUUUUGUUAGACAGGUAAGAUAAUUCAUUAUUGUGUAAAACUCACUAGUAUCAAUGUCUUUUACAUUAAACAUAUAUAGCAGCUAUAACAUUGUGUUUAUAUACAUACAGUAAAUAUGUAUAGAUUGAUACACUGUUCCCAUCGUAAUCAAUUCAGGGUCAUCACACUCUUUAGGAAAAUACAGCAAGUCAUUUGCAUUGCCUUCAACCUAUGUUUUAUGAGGUUGUGCCUUCUCUGAGAACCGAAUGCAUGACCUUUGACUCACUUAUGCCAUACUUUCAUGUAGGUACUGUUUGAGCUACAAGA